AUGCGUUAUUUUUUCGAGAGUCCCCACUUUAUGGUCCAAAAAAACAUCUCAGCAAUAACUUUAGGCCCAAAAGACAAAUGGGCCAUAGACAUCCAUAGUUGGGCUUGGUCCACACUGUCUUCUUUUGCAGCUUUAGGGCUUCGUCUACAACCGGCCGAACUUUCCAUUCUCUGUCAAGAUUGGAGCUCCGGGCAUUACAUAAAUGUAUUCUCUUUUCGAAGCAGAGACAAAUUGCCGAUAAUACAUCUCUGUCCCGGAAGUGCGGCUAGCUACCUAGCUCAGUUUAUGGUUUUAGUUCUUCCACAAGCAAGAAGUCAUCUGGUGAUCUUCAACAUUAUGAGAGAACUCAAAGUAAAAGGGUGUUCUGGAAUGUGUACUCGUGCAUCUUCGGAUGGUGAAUCUCAUAUCAAACAUUCUGAAUUAGUAGGUGGGGAUGAGACAUGCUCAUCAUUAUGCGUGCAUUCUACGCCAGAAAUAGAGAAAAAGUAUGUUCAUCGAGUCUAUGAUGCUAUUGCUCCCCAUUUUAGUGCCACCAGAUUUGCUAAGUGGCCAAAAGUCGCCACGUUUUUGAAUUCCUUGCCUUCAGGAUCUCUUAUACUGGAUGCAGGAUGUGGAAAUGGGAAGUAUUUGGGUUUGAAUCCUGAUUGUUUUUUCAUAGGAUGUGAUAUAAGUGAUCCCCUUAUUAAAAUUUGUGCGGAUAGAGGGCAUGAGGUUCUUGUUGCAGAUGCAGUAAAUCUUCCUUACAGAACUGGUUUUGGGGAUGCAUCAAUUUCCAUAGCUGUUUUACACCACCUAAGUACAGAGAACAGGAGGAAGAAAGCAGUUGAAGAAUUAAUUCGGGUUGUCAAAAAGGGUGGCCUGGUUUUAAUAACAGUUUGGGCUGCAGAACAGGAGGAUAGGUCAUUGGUCACCAAAUGGACUCCUCUUGCCCAAAAGUAUGUGAAAGAGUGGACAGGUCCAGGUAGUCCUUGUGUGCGUAGUCCUUCAUCCUUAACAUUACAAAGUAUCCCUGAAGCUGAGGAGAGUAAUUCGAAAGAGCAAUUAGAGGAUACUAAUGAGAGUCUAAAUGAGAAGUUGGAGGAAACAAUGCAUUUAUCAUCUCGAGAUCAAGAUGGUUCGGUGUUUCUGAUUGAUGCAGAGGAUAAUAAAAAGCAACAGGAAUAUUUUGUUCCUUGGCACUUACCCUAUCAUCGUGCUGAAGUCAGUGGUGCGUCUGCUUCUGCUCUUGCUAGUGGCUUGGCAAGAAAAGAUGAUAAAAAGGGCGCUGUGGUGUAUGAUAGAUACUACCAUGUCUUCAGUGAAGGAGAGCUUGCAAGGUUAGUAUCUGGCAUGCGUAACGCAGUUGUAGUGGAUCAAUUUUUUGAUAAAUCUAAUUGGUGUAUCAUUCUUGAGAAAACUUCAUAACAAAUCUUCAUGCUGGCACUUUUUGAUGCCAGAUUGAGAUUUACCAAGAUGUUCGUCUUUAAUUAGACAGAUGGGUUUCCAAGCCCUUUUGCUUCACUUUGAAUAACAUUCUAAAUUAUGUCUA